AUGAAAACCGUAAACUCUUCAAAAUCUCAACGAGUCCUUGAGUUUGUUCCGUCAAUUAGACCAUCGUUCCUUUCGGUGGUAUUAGUUUUAGUUUGCGGAUGUCUCUGGGUGAAAAAUGAAGCAACAAACGAACGACUGAUUUCACUGGAAUCUCGUAUUUACAGCUGCGUUCCUUUCACUAAGCGUGGCACGAUUGAUAAUCUUGACAGGACGACUUUCUCACCGACAAAAGAUAUCGCAAUAGACCUUUCCAAGAGGAUGCAGACACAAGUUUCAGAUGAUGGGAACGGCUAUACCUCAGGUAAAAUUUAUUCUUACUCUUCUUAUGCGGAUGGCCUUAUGUACAUUGAGGAUGUUUAGACCUGCUUUUAUCUUCCCUCGGUUAAGAGAUAAUCUUUCAUGACGUGAGUUCCCGUUAACAACACGGGAUCUUUGCAAUUCCAAAAUAGUAUCAGAUUUUAACUUAGUCUGACUUGGACUGUAUGAAACUGUUUUGUAAUGCUCCCUAGAUGUCAGUAAUUAUGCCACUGCCACUGAUAAAAAGCCGAAGAGAUCUACAAUGUAAAUAAAGUUGAAUUUAUAAAUAAUGUGUUUAACAAGGGCAGAGCAAGACUCCUUCACGCGCCAGAUGGUCGAUAUCAUUACUACACAGCUUUUAACAAGAUUGUCUUUUUAGGAUUUUUAGCUAGACGACACUAGAUGAGGUUCCUUAAACAUUUCUUUAAGUGGGGCCUGCAUGUGCUUCUGGUUUGAGGUUAUUUGGGGUCUCGAAAUUGAAAGGUAUUGCGUGACCAAUUUCAAGCAAUUAUGACCCAAUUCUUGGCAAUUCAUUUUUAGAUUUAUGUGUUUGCUUUAGAUUGAGCUAUUUUCAGGUUAAAAAUCCGUUAAAAAAUGGGCAAUUAUAUCAUUUUUUAGAUGUUCGAAAAUCCUAGGAGAAGCUGGCAAGUAAGAAAUUUUACAACAAAUGUUCCGAAAAUUCUAGAUCUCAAAUCGUCUUCCGAACAGAUAUUUUGCGAAAAUUGACGUUGGGUGCCCCUGAUUGGAUAAUUAACAGGUAUUAUCUAAUUUUACUUUACUGCAGUCAGCCCGUUGCCAAUAAAGGUGUCAGCAACAAUCCGGGUAAGAAAGCGAAGAAACGUUUUGAACGACACUUCAACUGGCAUCACCAUACAAGAAGUGAGAAAAGAAAUCAGCAAGCAGUUUGAACAACUUAUGCCCACCAAAUACUGUAAGUCAAGUGAGAAGGUCUGUCCUGCAGGUCCCCCCGGUCUUCCUGGUCCCACUGGGGUAAGGGGACCACGUGGCAGGAGAGGCCCAAAAGGAAAGAAAGGCCCUCAAGGUCCCAUGGGACCUCCUGGAAAAUCCGGAAAAACAGGAAUAACUGGUCCUGCAGGACCGAGAGGAGAAAAGGGAGAUAAAGGAGAGCCUGGGCCAAAAGGCAUUCCGGGACCACCUGGAAGGCCUGGAAAAUCGAUAUCUGCUCCACAAGUGAUGUUGUCGCCUGCAGAGCAGACACGAGAUGAGGGAGGAAAUACGGCAUUUUAUUGCACAGUUGUAGGAAACCCUUCCCCAAUCGUGGAAUGGCAAUUUAAGGGCACAAAGCUUCUGUCAGGCGCAAAGUAUCUGAUUAAAGAAGGAGAGUUGAUCGUUAGAAAUCUGAAUUACAGCGAUGCUGGACCUUACACAUGUGCUGCCAGGAACAUUCUUGGAUCGUCUGAGGCCACUGUCAACUUGACUGUUCGAGGUAAGAGGAGCAUUUAACUUAGAGUUUUGUUAUAUCUGGCUGCUUGAUUUUGUAGGCUUCUUUGUGCUCAGAGAAUGCGAGAAUACCAGGUUUGAAUAUAAAAAUGGCACCGUUAAUUUUUUAAUCAUAUACUUUUAUCUCUUCUUUCAUUUUUUUCUUAUUUCUUAAGCAGUGUAUAACGCCAAACUUUAAAUUUACUCACUCAUACAACAACAACAACAUAAGCUUUAUUUGCAUGACUAUAAUUACUUAGUUACAGUAUUGCAAAAGCUUUAACAUAAAGUUACAAUUUAUUACAAUGAUAAUGCAAUGUAAUGAUUACUACAGUCAAUCAAGUGUCAUCACCAUGAUUUGAUAAUAAAUUAGUGCGUAAAUCAUUACAUAAUGAGACAAAUGAUCAAGGACUUUAGAUUUUGCUCAUUAACAUUAGGCAAGUAGUCACGAGAGUAGUUCAACGUUUAAUCUGAACCAUACAAACAUAAAGGCAAUAAAUAAUAUUAAAGACAUUAAAACAUGACAGGAAUAUUUGGACCUUACAUGAACGCGAUGGCACACAACACCAUCCUUCUCCUCCUCUCCUUUUAGCUUAGACCACCCGGAGAAGUUACUUAGGUUAAUUUUUGCUGGAUAUGUGCUGCUGGUCUCUCAGAACUCUUACUCCAUUAUAUUCUAUGCAUGCUGGUCGAUCAUGUAUCGGCUCUAUUUCAGGUCUUCCAAUCUUCGCAAAAGUUCCACCUUCACUUGCCACACCAGUUCAAGGCACCACGUUUCAAGUAACAUGUCAAGCUGACGGAUAUCCUCUCCCCGCGGUAACCUGGACUAGAGCAGCAAUGCCUUUACCUGCUGGAAAGACUACUAUAAACCAAGGCACACUUACGAUUAGCAACUUGAGUCCUGCUGACAACGGUUUUUACGACUGCGUAGCUACUAACAUUGUGGGGAAAAAGAUGAAAAGACUCAACCUAGCAGUUCAAGUGCAUCGUUCAGGUUUGUAUUGAAGGCACCGUCUCACCCUGUAUAUACCUGAUUCAAUAAAAGGUUGCUUUGGUAAUUGGGCACUGGGCAUUUGGGCGUACGGAACUCACUGCAAUGAAUUGCUUGAGUGUCCACCAAACAAUAGCUUCCCAGUGCGCAAUUAUACAAUGCUCAAAGCAAGAAUCAGGUAACCUUAGAUUAAACGUUUAUUUUAGUAGUGCAAAUCUUCUUAUCCAGCUUGCGAUCUUGGUUAAACACCAGAUAAGAGUGUUUAUUAGGAAGGACAGUUUUUCGAAAGUCUAACUUUGCCACUGCGAGAACUAUAUGGCUAUACCGAAAUAUAUCGCAGGGUGAUCUAUUUGAAUACUGCUUUUCUUUAAAUUUUUGUUUUUGUUGUUUGUUUGUUUGUUUGUUUACUUUUCAGGCAUUCCAAAACCAUCUAAUCACUGCUAAAGCCAGAAGAGAGCUACUAUCAUUGCGACUGUAUGUUGCGCUUACAGAAAUUUCCAACUUAAGACAAUUAUGCGUGUUUACUAUUAAGAGUUUCAAUGAUCUUAAAUGCUUAAUCUUCCUUAGUAGCGCGCAAAUCACGUACAAGCAUGCGUAAAUGCUUUCUUUAGUCACUUGCAAUGCUACACUUUUUCUCAAUAAAUGCAGUUGUUUUAACAUUUUAAAAACUUUUUACCUUGUCAUUUUAUGGACUUUGACUUUUAAUACGUAGAUUUUGAAAGCUCAGUCAUUGUGGGAAACUACAGAAAUCACUUGACGUUGUUAAGAAACUGGCUAGCACCUGUGGCAAAAAGCGUGAAUUCUCUCUGGAAGCGCUGUUGGCAUGCAUCCGUGGACGGCUGGGCUGCAAGUACAUUUCACUCACGAUGUGACAGCAAGGGCCCGACUGUGACAAUAAUAAGGGUCGGGAGAUAUAUUUUCGGAGGAUACACAAGUAUUUCAUGGGGUAAGUGAGCAUUGUAAGCCAUGGCGGUGACAUUUAUACCUUUGGCGUAAUCAGUUGGCAUUGAUAUUUUCAGCUAAAAGUGCAGCUUGGUACCAAGCAAUAUGAAAUCAUGUAACGCUACCUUCCAUACAUGUUAAGCAGUGGCGAACAAAGGUUCUAGGUUAAUGGAUCUAGAGGGGGGCCCAUAUCCCCUCGUUCUUCCUGGGCCGAGGACCACCCCUCCUACACUCACAUGGUGUGAAUGAGCGCCACCCCCCACCCCUCUUCUCAAGUUCUGAUUCUACAGAUGAUAAGUGAUGCAUUUCUAGCCUGUCAAAACGUGCCUAAAUUCCAGGCUAACACUAUUAUAAUAAUAAUUCUAGGUUAUAAAGUAUCGAUAUUGUUCUGACUUUCUUGUCACCCUGCUACCUUCCAUCCUUCAAUUCCCAUAUUGCAAAAGAAGCGACUAACGUACUUCAUCGCAAGUUUUUGGUGAAAUUCGCAAAUUUUGGCAAAGAAAAAACAUCAAACUUUCGUAAUUUUGCCUGAGUGAAAUGUCGCGAAGGGGAUUCUUCUCUUCGGAUUCCAACGAUUUUAGUAGACUGAAAUGGGUGACAGAAAUACAUAAUUUUUUAUACCUUUUCAAGGAUAAAGGCUCCUAAAACUCUUUAUUUUCUGUUUCCUUUACUGUCUUCUUAAUACAGUACCCUUAAAAUCGAACGAAGUAUUAAUUUACCAAUAAAAUGUAUUGCGACAUGCACCAGUUCAUGUAAAAAAGAAGCUUCUAGCUUCGGCAAGUGGUAAAAAGGACAAAAACAGAUAAAUUUGGAGAUUUGCUCCAUAAAGUUAUAAAAGAACAUAUCUUAUUAAUUACUAAUUUUUUUCCCCGAUCUAUUGCUUGUAAUUGCAAAUCUUUUAAAAUUGACAUCUCCCCAGGCCGACACCUUAGCUUCGGUGAGCUUGCAGCCACAAAAAACUCUCUCCUGAGCGGACGAACCACGCUUGCCAUGAGUAUAGCUGUAUCUUUUGCCAAAAUACCUGCACGUAAAUAAUAAUGCAAUAAAAUAAUACUCAUACUAAUAAUAAUGAUGAUAAUGAUGAUGAUAAUAAUAAUAAUAAUAAUAAUAAUAAUAAUAAUAAAUAUAUAAUGAUAAUAAUAAUAUUGAUAAUGAUAAUAAUAAAAAAGACAUACUAGAAACCAGGAGCCCAUUGAUAGGCUCCUGUAGAAACUGAUUCGUUUUUGAUAAAUGACGAACGUUACUGAGAAACUCGAUCGAAUUUGUUUCAUUAGAAAAAGGUAUUUACUGUUUUUAAUUAAUAAUAAUCAUCAUCAUCGUCAUCUUUAUAACAGGCACAAGGACAAUGUCGCUAACUUAUCUUACAAAAGUUUUGUUUCAUUUCUUUUAGCUUCUGGUUCUGGCCGGUGUCAAUACGACUCAAAAGCCUUCUUAUUUUCGCUGGUAAACAAACCAGGAUGGGCGCCUGUCAAAUUGUCUCAGUCAGGGCAAUAUAGUUCUAGCAGAGUAGAUUCCAUGUGCUUUAGCUCAACCAUCGGGCCUACAUUCGGAAGAGGAAAUGACAUUAACAUCAAAAACUACGCGUCAUCUAAUAGCAAUUCUUACAGCAACCUUGGCUAUACUUACAGCCCACCGAGCGGGUACAGCUACGGCAGCACCUUCGCACGAACAUUCCUGGCAGGAACUUACAAGUUCACACCAGACGAAGUUGAAACCUUUUACGAAACAACCUAA